GAUAAUGAGCCUCAGACUGUGUGCUACAUAACAGAGGAAGCAAAUGUCUUCUUGUUUUUGUUUUUUUAAAGGGAUUCUCAUAUACAGUUACAGCCGCACACAGAAUUAAUCUCCAUACAAAUGCACCACAAAUUAAACUCGCCGUGUUUGCCAGUCACCGCAGCUGAGAGUUUUAUUUUUCACCCCUAUUCUUUGCUACCUGCCACAAACAUGCCUUGCUGCUGCUAUUUUGGCUCCCGUCGCCCCAUUGACCUGACAGACAAGUGUCAGGGCAGAGCCACAUGUCAGCUGCAGGUGGAAACUCUCAGCAGGGAGCGAUGCUGAGGUGAUGCAGGGCUCAGUUGGAGGACAGGAUUACACAGCAGUGAGGGGCUGCAGCUGAUGUCCGAGGAAGUUACCCAGGGUUUCAUGAGAUUGUAAACAAAUCAGUCUAUCAAUUAACGUGAACAUCAGUGAGCAGGUCUGGAUCCUCUAAAGAUGUACGGGCUGUACCUGGAAGCCGUGAAUGACUACAUCAAUGAAUCCUACGGGGAGGAUGUGUGGAGGCUCAUCGAAAAUCGAGCGGAGAUACCCCACCUCAAGUUUGUCAGACACCAGAUGUACAAUGACAACCUGAUCCUGCGGUUGGCGAAGGCCGCAGGAGAGGUCCUGGGAAAGACCCACGAUGAGCUGAUGUACGCCUUCGGGGUCUACAUGGUGAAGAGGAUCGGAAACUACGGAUAUGAACGGAUCCUAAAGGUGUUGGGUCGAAAUGUCCGCGACUUCAUCAACGAACUGGACAACCUGCACGAGUACUUCCGCUUCUCCUUCCCCAAAGUGCAGCCGCCCAGCUUCUGCGUGGAGGAGGAGUGUGAGACCAGCCUCACGCUUCACUACAGGAGCACCCGCAAAGGCUUCACCCAGUUUGUCAAAGGGCAGCUCUCUCAAGUGGGACGGCAAUUCUACAACACAGAUAUCGAAGUGGAAAUCCUGUCCAAAGAGGAAACCGAGAAAAUGACUUAUGUGGUUUAUAAGAUGAACUUCGACAACGCCGCGUUCAAACACCGCAUGCCCCAGCAGAAGACAGCGCCGAGCUACGAGAAGCUGCCGAUGAAGCGAGGGAUCUUCUUCGACAUGUUCCCCUUCAGCGUCAUCUUCCGCCGGGACCUGACCAUGUACCGCAUCGGUGACGGCCUCAAAGAGGUGUUCUCGGACCUCCAGGGCAAGAAGGUCAACGAGGAGUUCAGUCUGGUGCGACCCAUGCUGGAGUUCAGCUGGGAUAACAUCUACACCCAUUUGAACAACGUAUUCGAGCUGGUGUCCAAAGCGGUGGUGGAGAGCAAGCAGAAGGUCAACAUCCCCAAACUGAACAAGGAGGAGUCGGAGGAGAAGGAAGAGCCGGAGAAAGUAAAGAGAGAAGAGGAAGCAGAGCAACAGUCAGUAGAGGACAUGGAGAGCACAGACCAAGAGUACAGCAGCGCUCUCACUCAAUACAACAACAACUCUGCCAACUCUGGAGGAGAGGACAUCGAGCUGCUGGCAUUCCAGACCGUCACCGGAAAGUGUAGUGAAACCAUCUUUGAGGACAUGAGGGAGCCUCCAAAGAAACCUCUACACUUGAAGGGACAGAUGAAGUACGUCCCCCAGUGGGACUCACUCAUCUUCCUGGGGACGCCCAUCAUAGAGACAGUGGAGGACAUGAUAAAGAUGGGUGUGUACGUGAACGAUCUGAACCUGCACGACUCCAGCAGAGAGCUGAUUCUGGCCGGGACACAACAGUCGGCUGAGCUGCAGCUGGCCCUGGAUCAGGAGCAACAAAAAUAUGCCCAGCUGAUGGAAAUCAUCAAGAAGCUGGACGAGGAGAAGAAGAGAGGAGAUUCUCUGCUGUACGCCAUGAUCCCUAAAGCUGUGGCCGACCGCCUCAGGAAGGGGAUCACUGCGCUGGAGACGUGUCAGGUGUUCCCUGAUGUCACCAUCCUCUUCAGCGACGUGGUCAAGUUUAACGAGAUCUGCAUCCACAUCACACCCAUGCAGGUGGUGGACAUGCUCAAUGAGAUCUACAUUGUGUUUGAUACGCUCAGUGAGAAGCACAACGUCUACAAGGUGGAGACGAUUCGAGACGCCUACAUGGUGGUGGCCGGCGUGCCCAACAAGACCACCUUUCAUGCCCACCACAUCUGCGACAUGGCUCUGGACAUGCUGAGCUCCAUCGACCACCUCAAAGACCCGUCCACUGGAGAUAACAUCCAGAUCAGAGUCGGUGUCCACUCAGGUAUGGUGGUGGCCGGCGUGGUGGGACUGAAGAUGCCCCGCUACUGUCUUUUCGGUGACACUGUGAACACGGCUUCAAGGAUGGAGAGCAAUGGAGUGGGCAUGCAGAUACACAUCAGUCAGACCACCAAAGACCACCUGGAGCAUGAGCCGUACAUCAUCGAGGAGAGGGGCAAGAUCUUUGUAAAGGGUAAAGGCUACAUGAAAACAUACUGGCUGAAAGGAAAGAAAGAUCUAUCAUUCAAGACCCCGGCGGAGCUGCGUUACAGCAGCGAGCAGAAAGACUCUGAGGACAAGAGCUCUAAUGGCUCUGUAAGCCCCAAUGCCAAGCGCAUGGCCUCCAACCUCAACAUCCCUGGCAAUGAUGAGCAAGCUGAAGGGAAACCAAGCCCGAAUGACCUCCCACUGGAAACCCUGCCCCCACCAGAGGCCGCCAGCGAGCCCGUUACCAUUGCAUCCGAGCCUCAGGAGAAGGACAAGGCCAAAAAGACUAAGAACAACAAGGGGGCCAAGCUGGAAGUGCCCCAGGGAACCUUCCUGUCAGAGACCCCCAACCCUGAAGAAGUGCUGGAGAACCCCGGUCCUUUCCUCAGCAGCAAGAGAAACAGCUUCAGGCAGCAGUACGUCAAGAUGCCUAACAACCUGCCAAUGCGCAGCGCCUCCUGUGCCAUUCUGUGAGCAGAUGGUUGUAGUGUGAGAUUACAAGGCAACUCUGUCCAUAACAAUGCUGAAAAUAUCACUCAAGUUUAAUCAGGGGGGAAGGCAAAAAUACCAAUCCAACAUUUCCAACAGAAAUGGUACUCAACAAAUAGCAUUUCAAGCCUUUUAAAACAUGAAGUAAUGCCGAGGGUUUAUGGGAUAGGCUUUUGUAAAAUCUUAACUACAAUGAGACCAUCAAACAUUUCCUUUUUAAAUCCUCUUGUGUUCAGAUGAAGUUGGUGCAACUUAAAGGCUUAAGACGUUGGUGCUGUUAUCCUCUCUACAGUCAGAAGUUUGAAACAGUAUAAAAAGGAGAAAAUCCACAUGUUGUCCUUUUUGUUUCAGAUAUUUCACGCAUCAAAGGAUUUACCUAGCGCAGACAAUAAUCUUUCAAAAGUAUCUUCCCUGUUAGGUCAACCCCCCAAUCUAUGUACAAUCGUCAGGUUUCACAACAUGCCUUCCUCAUGUCAACUCUUUCAACAAAAAAGGGAAGUACUGUAUCCUCUACACGCUGAGAGAGAAACAGAGAACUUCAGAGUUGUACUAUACAGGUAAAAUGAGCCGUGAUGAGUUGAUUCUUAUUUUCUGUCACUACUGGCUGUAUCAUAUUACAGCUCUACAAGCCAUUCAUGCUUUUAAUGCUGCAGGAUUACAUUAAAAAAAUAAGACUGAAACCAAUCACACAAUAUUCUCACUGAGGUUCACAGAAACUGAAACUGUUUCUGUGGAUGCUUUAUUUAAUUCACAGGAUCAGAGUUUGUAUUUUAUUAUGUUUAAACUGGGUGUUAUUUGGCUAGACGUUCAUAACGAUGUAUCACAGAGUUCUGUUUCUACUUUCUGAAUGUGACUGACUGUAUUUGUUUCACUGUAUGAUAGUGUUGUUUAUAUAAAACUGUAUGUACAGCCACUUAAA